AUGUACAGAUCGGGGACAGUGAUGGCGUGGAAUGUGUUCAGGUUCUGUGCGGCCCUGCGGGGGCUGGGUUCCAUCAUGAUUCUCCUGGUCCUCGGUGUGGUCGGUGUCACAUACUACGCCGUUGUAAUCACGAUUUACUGUCCCACGAUUUACAACGGAGGUCUACAAGAGGCUGCGAUUGCCCUCUCCGUCGUGAUUCUCUUCCAUUUCUUGGUACGCGCUUCUCCUUUCCUUCCUGCUUCAUGCGGAAAACCAGCAUCAUCUUGUCUGUUCGCGAGGUGAAUCGAUAUACAAUCCCUCGGAUUCGUGGCCUGAUACGCGAUUGUUUUUCCAUUGUCUUCGGGGAAAUGAAUGGUACGGCAUUUCCAUAUCAAGCUGCAAAUGCCCCAUAAUAGCAUACGCAAAAAAUGGCCAUAAUAACAUAUGCAAAAUGCAGAUGUUGUUAUGGGAAAUUGCAAUUUUAUUCCGGUGUUAGUAUUCCAUCCUCUAUUUCACUGAUCUUAUGUUGGUGUGCUCGCCAUUGUGUCGCUUAGACUUCAAGAUGUGAGAAGUUCGCCAGGUUGUAUUUUUUUUCCUUGCUUUCAUGUGGCUGAGAUAUCCCGAUCAAUGUAUUUGUUCCAUAAAUUACACGCGCUUCAUUUGUGAUUAUUUGGGACCUCUCUAUGUUUGUGACCUUUGAGCUUUCAAAUUCUUAAGGUGGAAUUUCUUACCUCCUAGACAAUAGGAUCUUGUUGUUUAUGUUCCCUUCUAAUUACAUUAAUCUACGGGUGAAUAAGCAGGGAAAAGGUUCCUGAAGCAUUUUCUACUCUUUAAGUUGCACCAUACAUUAGCCAUUUCUGAUGAAGAUAAUUAUUCUGUUUAUGCAGUUGAUCAUGCUAUUGUGGAGCUACUUUUCCGUUGUACUAACUGACCCUGGCACUGUUCCUCCGAAUUGGAGGCCCAGUAUGGACGAGGAGAGGGCCGAGGUCAUCCCCUUGAAAAAAUCAGAGUAUGGCAGCCCGAUUUUGACUCUACAGCAGUCGGGACCUCUUUCUGAUUCAGUUAAUCCAAGGUAUAGGUACUGCAGGAAAUGCAACCAAUUAAAGCCACCUCGUUGUCACCACUGUUCAGUUUGUGAGUAUCGUAUAUUUUCUUUUUUGAUAUGCUUUAGUAAAUUUUGCUUUUUCUCUCCAUCAACGGUCAUCCUGAGCAUGUGCUUUUUGGUUUAGGUGGGAGAUGCGUGCUGAAAAUGGACCAUCAUUGUGUCUGGGUUGUCAACUGUGUUGGAGCUUUGAACUACAAGUUUUUUCUUCUUUUCCUGGUAUGGCCAUUUUGUUGACUUUUCAUAUAUCCUAUAUGCCUCAUAUGCUUGAUAAAUUAGGCUUUGGAAUCAUCUAGCUGUCUCUAGCUGUCAUAUCCAGAGUCGUGCUGGGGUUGAACUGGGAUUCUGUGUAUUAUAUUCGCAGAUAACUUAUGUUCAUGGAAGCUUAUUCAAUGACACUCGGAACAAAUAUCUGCCUUUGUAACACUUUUCUGUAGCUUCUGUUUUUUCCUGGAUUGGUGGUUGACUAAUAAUUACUGCUCUAGGAAGUGUCAGGACCCCAAAAGUCCAUUCUUCAGGUGCCCACUUACUAGAAAAAGGUGUUUUAGAAAACAUUAUACUUGAGAUUAUACCUGGGAAUCUUUCACAGAGAUCAUGUGUCUCACAUCACGAUGUCAAUGCUCCGUCAUUCCUCAUAUUUGUGAUCUCUUAGGAUUAUCCUGGUCAACAUCAUUAUUGUUGUAUUAAACGCUUGGCUUAAUCCUCCUCUUGCAGAAGGGAGAUGGCUUGCAAUGCCUACCAUACGUCUGCCCUGUGUAGUAGCGUAGUGGUAUAUAUGUCCUAUGGUUUAAACCACAUACAAUAGGUGGGUAAUGGCCUUUGUAUUGAUUGCCCUCAGAGCAUUGGUUGAUGUGAUCGAAAGUUGUACCCUGUGAUAGCAAGUUUCAAGCUUGAUUAUUGGCUCAUGAGAUCAAUUGCUUAUGGUGGUGGUAUGACUUAUCUGACAGUCUGUUCUAGACAAAAGCCCCAAACUAGUAAGGGGCUUUUUUAGGUCAUUGGAACUGCCCCUCUCGUUCUUUCUUUUUAAAACUUUUGGUAUCAAGGGCUCCAAAUUGCCGUUGGGCACCGGAACACAGUUUCAAAAAUAUAUUAGCAAUCUGUUCCUUUGGCCCUUUCAAACUCAGACAUGUGGCAGUGCCCACUGGGGGGCCACACAUCCUUCAACCAUUCGUUUGCAGUCACAGAAGCUAGACAGAGUACGUGCAGAGUGAUUUCUCUGAUGAAGAGUUGUAAUUAGACUUAUAUUCGGUCAGCAUUUCACUCCUAAUUAAGGAGUUUUGUCUUCUCAUCUGGUGUUUGUCUGCCUCAUGCCUUUUCCCGGCAGCGGAAUUAUCUCAAUUUGACAAAUGGAUUUCUAUUGAGAGGAAGAACAGUGUUUGGUUAUUAAGAAGAGAGUUGGUGUGUUGAGAUGUUAUAUUCAUUGUUCACUCAAUGUUGAUUUAAUGCUGCUGUUGAUGGGCGUUUCUGGGAAUGAAUGUAUGAGAGAGUUCUACUGGUAACUAUUAAAGGUGUUAACCAUGGUGGGGCGAGACAGACCCACAAUUUCAAAUGGGCAAAAGCGGAUAGAAUUGGCUCCACCAAGGCAAUUUGCAGGCUAUAGAUUCGACAGGAGCAUGUAAAAAUAUGCUUUGAACCACUUUGACCGUGACUGCUUCCAGAGGGCCGGUAGCUGAUUUUGUCUGUGAUGUGCAAGGGAAGAAGGUUUGAGGGGGGAUGAUAUAGACAUUUUACUAUCUACCUAGUAAAUAGUAAUUAAAUUAAUAUCAUCUAUUAAUUGAUCAAUUGCAGAGUGACCAUACAUAUUUAAUGAAAUUAGUUUGUUAAACAAGGGAUUGGCAGAUAAAGUAAAUGACAAUAUCCAUUAAUGAUGGAACAACGACAUAGGGUCUCUAAGGUUUUGGAACGCAACAGAAAAUCCAAAUUCGUAAUACAGUUGCAUGAUGGUGAAAAAACUAUCUACAAAGCCUCCAGAGGGGUAUAAAUAUCUGGCUUCGGAAGUCACUCAAGAUCACAUAAGUUGAGGCAUUCUUUGUUGCUUAAUGACAUGACCACCCAAUGAUUAUGUUACGUGUUAAUUAUUAGGCUACUUAAAAUACUAGACAGGAUAGAGGACUUGACCCAUAUAAAGAACAUGUCUCUAGUCUAGCUCACUAUUUGGCUUCAGCGAGAGACACAGAGAGAGGAGAGAGAGAGAGAGAGAGAGAGAGAGAGAGAGAGAGAGAGAGAGAGAGAGAGAAUAUGGUAUUACUUUCUUCUUUGGCAUGGUUUUGACUUUCAUAUGAACGUUCAUGUUUUUUUGGCAGACGUCUCCAGGUCAGUUUCUACUUCUGUAGCAUCCCUUUUAAAAAUCUCUACGUGUGUCAUUUUUUUGUUAUUAGUUUUUGAUCCAUGUGACAUAACCUCUUUACAAGAAUUCAGAGAGACUUGAAUGACAUCUACCCAUCCCGUUUCUGCAGCUCUAUACCUUCCUUGAGACGACUCUGGUAACCUUGUCACUUCUACCUCAGUUCAUCGGGUUCUUCAAUGAUGGGGAGCUUCCUGGAUCACCAGGAACACUCGCCACUACUUUCCUUGCAUUUGGUUAGCAUCUUAAAAUCUAUUCUUUAUAUGGAUUAAUUUUGUCAAUGUGGUAAUUGUCGUUUCUUGAAUUUAUAGUCUUGAACAUGGCCUUUGCGGUGAGCGUCCUUGGGUUUCUAAUUAUGCAUAUCUCCCUGGUGUCUGGCAAUACGACGACCAUUGAGGCAAGCAUGCUCAUCCAAUUGUGCUUGUCGUAUGCAUCUAAGGUGCCUGUAACCUGACGUUGAAACUCGUAUUCUUGUUGGAUUUUAGGCGUACGAGAAGAAAACGACCCCAAAGUGGCGCUACGAUCUUGGUAGAAGGAAGAAUUUUGAGCAGGUUUGUGCAUCUUCAGCUUCCAUAAAAGGUUUUCUGCUCUUAGGCCCAAGCAGAAGGCUACAAUAGGUUUUCUGCUCAUUGUCAUGCUUCAUUUUGUCGUCAUAGUUUGAUCAGCCCGUUCUCAAGGCCAAACCUUCACUUAUCCUUGGGCUUGCCCUCUGGAAUUCAGGUGUUUGGGACUGAUAGGGCGUACUGGUUCAUCCCCAAAUACUCAGAAGAAGAUCUUAGAAGGAUGCCAGCCCUGCAGGGCCUUGACUACCCGUCCAAACCUGACCUGGAUGCUCAGGAGCUCUGA